GCAGCCAAGCAGUCGAUGUAAGCUUGACUAGCUUCUCUGUUUAGAUUUGAGAGUAAGACUUCUAAAAUUAAGUCUGGGAUUACCAACUAAUAGACAGUUUAUUGGCGCUUGGAGCCUGCUUGGGUGAGAUCUCGGUGGUGAAAAAAAUCCAUGAACUGUCUCCACCAUGGAGGCAUUGGGCAAGUUCGACUUCGCUGCCACGGCCGACGAUGAGCUGAGCUUCAAGAAAGGAGACAAAAUUAAGAUUUUGGGCACUCAGGAUAACUGGUACAGAGCUGAAAGACAUGGUCUGCAUGGCUUCGUUCCAAGAAAUUACAUUAUCCUCGACAUCCCCAGCUGGUAUCAGGAGAACAUGAGUCGCCGCACGUCUGAGAACACUCUCAUGCCCCAGCCAAUAGGAUCAUUUAUCAUCCGUGGCAGCCAGAGCUCUCCAGGAAACUUCUCCAUCUCUGUCAGGCAUGAAGCGGACGUGCAGCACUUUAAGGUGCUCCAGGACAACAGUGGGCAUUAUUUUCUGUGGAAUGAGAAAUUCAGUUCUCUAAAUGAACUAGUGGACUACUACACACUCAAUUCUAUCUCCAAGCAGAGCUUUAUAGUCCUUCUCUCUGAUCAGCAGGAGAGAAGAAACAAGGUCAAAGAGAUGCAGAGCAGACCUCUCCCUUGUCCUUCAGAGACUCUUCCACCUCCACAGAGCCACUACGCUGCAGAUCCCCUGCUGGUUCCUCAGGAGAGAAAACAUCAUAGUGGACCAUCAGGCCCGCCAGACCCACCUCCUCGGCCUGCAGAGACUCUUCCACCUGCAAAGGCACCACUGAUGAAGGUUACGGCUCUGUAUGACUUCAUAGCCGAAGAGCAGGACGAGCUGAACUUCAGCGCUGGCGACAUUAUAGACGUUUUGGACCAAUCAGAAUCCUUCUGGUGGAUGGGACGGCUACGGGGGAAGACCGGACUCUUUCCUACCAACUACAUCACUCCUUUAUGAGUGCAUCCAUUCACAAUCCUAUGUGUGCUUAUUUCACAUUUGACUUUAUUUAAUUUAUCACAGCUGACUUUCUUGAGUGUUGUCUUGCCUUCCAAAUAAACACUUUCAUCAUUUAA